AUCCCUGCCCGCGUUCUCGCUGUCGACUCCACCGCUUGAGAGGACCCAAUGUCUAGAGUUCCAGUGCCCCCCAUUUUCCCUUGCGCUGGCCUCUCUCUGACUUCAACUUCCAUUUCACAACCUUGCAUCUCUAUUCUUCUUUCGAGACCUGGAAACGACCAUUCAUUUCCUGAUCCCUACAUUCAACGCCUCAAUCCGCCUUGCGUCUAUCGAUAUCUACCAACGGUUUCUUCUCGCCUGCGAAUUCGAUCUGCGCACGCCAACCUUGAACCUUGAACAGGGCCUGCACGGAACCGAGAUUCAACUUAUUUCAACGACGCGAAAAACCCAGCGGUCUUUCCCUUUUUCUUCUACAAACUACGAAGAUACCCACGAUUUGUAUCACAUUUGUCAGAAUGCCUGCUCUUUGUGGAGGAUCCAAGACUGUGCAGCGAAAGCUGGUGUUGCUGGGUGAUGGUGCUUGUGGAAAAACAUCGUUGUUGAACGUCUUUACGAGAGGCUACUUCCCUACUGUCUACGAACCCACCGUCUUUGAGAACUACGUCCACGAUAUCUUUGUCGAUAAUGUCCACAUCGAGCUAUCCCUCUGGGACACAGCAGGCCAGGAAGAAUUCGACCGAUUACGCUCGCUAUCCUACGACGACACAGAUCUCAUCAUGCUCUGCUACUCCGUCGACAGCAAAGACUCGCUUGAAAAUGUCGAAUCCAAGUGGGUAGGCGAGAUCGCCGACAACUGCCCCGGCACCAAACUCGUCCUCGUAGCGCUAAAGUGCGAUCUCCGCGAGCAAGGCGAGGAGGAGGAGAACGAAUCAGGAGAACCCCGCGAGAAGCGCCCCAUGAUCAACUACGACCAGGGCCUCGAGGUGGCGCGCCGCAUAAACGCCCUCCGAUACCUCGAGUGCUCCGCCAUGAAGAACAGAGGUGUCAACGAGGCUUUCACCGAGGCGGCGCGUGUUGCGCUGAGCGUCAAGAAGGAUCGCGAGGAGGGCGGAUGCACUGUUAUGUGAACAUGAUACGAUACGAGCGUUUAAUAUCGAAUACGAAGACCACCUGUCAUCCAUCGAAUGUGAUCGAACGAAGCAGGGAUGUGGCUCUAUUCGGCUCCAUGGCUUAUUUUUGGCCCGCCAUGGGUAUUUUCACUGUAUAUAUCGUGCGGCAUAAAGCACAUAGGGAAAUCUGGUGUUCUGCGUUGUUUUUUUGCUAUUUACUAUUUACAGGCUAUUUUCGGUCGGAAUGCGAGGCAAAUUAGCGGGAGGAGUAGACUACUUGGGGAAGUCAUUUUGUCACGCUCUAGCUACAACUACUUUAUUUUUUUUAUGUCUACCGAUUACAUCUCACGGCAUUUGUUUUGUCUCUUCAAUUGUAAACUUAGCGCGUUCUUAAUGAGAUGAUUCUGAUUCUAGCUGGUGA